AUGGCAAAUAAAAUGAAGAAAACUGAAUGGACUAUUCUUAGCAAGACAACUGCGAAUGAUGUGAUGAAAAACAUACAUGAUGAUUUAUCUGUUCGUAAUAUUAAUUCUAAUUUGGAAGAAAAAGAUACAUCGAAAUUAUGUAAGCCAAGAGAUACAAGUAAAAUAAUAGUAUCAAAUUUGAAAAUUAAUAAAUCAAAGAGUAAUAAAAAGUGUAAUAAAUUUUCUUUGCCUUCACAUAUAACUAUAUUGGAAACAACACCAAAUACUAUUUAUGAAUGUACUAUAUGUAAAAGUAAAUUCAAGUUUAAAUAUCAUUGUAAAUACCAUGAAGCAUGCGAAACAGGGGCAAAGCAAUUCAAAUGUGAUACAUGUUCAAAAGAAUUCAAAACUUUGCCUCAUUUGAAAUACCAUAUGAAGAGUCAUACCGAGGCAUCACGUACUAAAUGUGAUAUUUGUGGAAAACAGUUCUCACAUAUUGGUUCGCUAAAAUCGUCAUUUAAAAGCACACACAAGCAAGUAUAA